GCAGACUGGAGACCCAGUUAUAAUCUGCUGCCUUACACUACCCCUGCUCUCUGACAGCACAGCAGUCAGGCCCAGACUUUGACUAGGCCGUCUUCCUUCUCUCCAGCUGCCUCCACUCACCUGUGAUUAGCUCUUCUGCUCCCGCCGCCAUCUUGUUUCCAGACAGGUUGAAGCUUUGUCCAGGUUCAGCGAUUAAACCCGUCACCAGUAGUUCAGCGGCAGCUGAUCGGUCGCUCUGGGCUCUGUUGGUGCUUCCUGGGCUUGCCGUGGGCACCGAAGGGUUAACGCUGUGUGAGGAGCAGGAGGAGCUGCCGCUGGAGCGCCGCCUGCCUCUCCGCUGCUCCCGCGGCUCCAGACUCGGCUCCGGCUCCGGAGGGACGGCAUGAUGCGGGUCGUCCUGUUCUGCUGCUGCUGCCUUUCCUCCCUGCACCCCCUGCUGUGCGGCGCCGCGCCGCUGGCUGGGGCCGGCGCCGCCGUCAGCCCGCAGGGAUCGCCUCGCAGCAACAGCCAUGUUGUCCUAACGCGGAGCGGUCGGCACAAACAGGACACUCUGACCCAAGUGGACCAUUCAAAGUCCGUUCUGGUGUCCAGAAAUGAGACCGGGUUCUGGAGCCGUCCUCGCUGUGGAGUCCCAGACUACCCCAGAGUAACGCCGCUCAGCGGGUCAAAGGAGCGCGGCAAAAGGUUUGCUCUGUUUGGAGGACGCUGGGACAAAACCGACCUCACCUACCGGAUUGUUCGAUUUCCCUGGCAGAUGAGUGAAGACAAAGUUCGCCGCAUCCUGGAGGAGGCCUUUGGGGUCUGGGGUGCGGUCACUCCUCUGACCUUCAGAGAGGUCAUCAACGAGAGAGCGGACAUCAUCAUCGACUUCAACAGGUACUGGCACGGUGACGACCUCCCGUUCGACGGUCCUGGAGGAAUCCUGGCCCACGCGUUUUUCCCUCGCACGCUGAAAGAGGGAGAGGUCCACUUUGACUACGACGAACACUGGACGGUCGGCAACGGCGUCGGUACCGACCUCCUGCAGGUGGCGGCCCAUGAGUUCGGCCAUGUCCUGGGCCUGCAGCACUCUCUGGAGCCCGACGCGGUCAUGUGUCCCUUCUACAGCGACUCCUACCCUCUGAAGCUCAGUGAGGACGACAGGAGGGGUAUCCAGUAUCUAUACGGACCGCCGCGGCACGCGCCGCCUGACGUAGCCGACACCAACGAGAUCCAACCCGAACUGCCGGACGCCUGCAGGACGAGCUUUGAUGCCGUGUCCAUGAUCAGGGGGGAGCUCUUCUUCUUCAGGUCUCGGUACGUUUGGCGAAUCCGUGACGGGCGUCUGCAAGGCGGCUACCCGGCCUUGUCCUCGCGCCACUGGAGCGGCAUUCCUGACUACAUCGACGCAGCUUAUGAAGACAAGUCUGGAAACAUCUGGUUCUUCCAAGGCGACAGCUACUGGGUGUUCGACGCCGGGCGCAGGAUUUCUGGCCCAGACUCCCUGCGGCGGCUCGGCCUUCCGGUCGCCGACAUCCAGGCGGCUCUGCGGUGGGAGGACGGCCGCGCCGAGAAGGUCUACCUCUUCAAGUCUUCGUUUUACUGGUCCUUCAGCGUCCAGGAGAACCGCGUCAGCGACCUCCAUCCGCGCAGCGCGCACGAGUGGGCGGGGCUUCCUGGACACGUCGACGCCGCCUUUCUGGACAGCUACGGUUACGCCAACUUCCUGAGCGGGCUGUACUACUGGAAGCUGGACCCGGUGGCGCUGAAGGUGCUGGACGGGUACCCGCGCAGAAUCGGGCUGGACUUCUUCGGCUGCUCUGAGUCGCCAUAAACACGUAAACUGAGAAUAAUCUGCCGAGUUAUUGCCGUUUCAUGAACUCCUCACCUCGGGUACAACAGGAACCAGUCCCUCCCAGCUGCAGACCCCCGCCGGUUCUGAUCCGGCCCAGUUGUCCUGGUGCGAGGAGCCCCAUCCACUCACAGCCAGUCGAUCAAAUGGUCGCCAAGUUUGAUUAUUAAAGGUGCUAUUUCAGGUCAUGGCGGACGUAGAGCUACAGACCUAGAACCGACGUUUUUAUUUUUCCAUUUGUUUUAUAUUUAAAGUGUCUAAUCAGUGCAGGACGCUGAUGAUUCCUCUGACCAGUAAAACAUACUGGUGCUAAACCAGUUCUGGGCACUUUGAACUGGAACAGAAAAACAUGAACUGGUCAAAACCCAACCAGACUGAGGAUGUUCCCCUCCUGAUGGUCCGGUCGACCCGGUUCUACUGGAACCAGAACAUCUGCUGCACCUCCAGCUGCUC